GAAACACUUGCAGUGAAAACUGCCACAAUGAGUGCUGACGUCCAAGUCGACUCUCCUUGGCCAUGGCUGUCAACAAUGUUCAAACCUGUCCAAGACAAGGGCAAUGGCAACAUAACAUACCAAUGCUUGACCUGUGCACCGUCAAGCAAGACGAUCGGAGCAUCUAAGACAUCUGCUGCCAACUUAAAGAAACAUGUCCAGAGAGCUCAUCUUCACAAGCUCGAGGAAUAUGAGAGCCUAAUGAAAAGAGGGGGGCGGAAACGUCACGGCGAGGAGACAUCAUCGGCUAAAGAGCCUAAAAAACAGCCUCGCUUGGAGUUUUCCGGAAAGCAACCUGUCUCUCAACAGAAGCUGGACCAACUCGUCACGACGUUUGUUGUGGAGGGCCUGCACGCUUUCUCCAUUGUCGAAGAAAAUGCGUUUAAAGAUCUUGUGGAAAGUCUCGCUCCAGGCAGGAAAACACUCUCUCGGCGAAUGUUGACCGAUCGGAUUGACGCACGCUUUGAAGACAUGAAGCAGAAGCUUUCGCUGGAAUUGAUCAGCGUGGAUCACGUUGCUGUUUCUGCCGACCUUUGGUCAAGCUUUCAUAGGAGCUUCAUUGGCGUUGUUGCCUUGUGGUUGAAUCCAUGCACUCUUGAGAGAAAAACAGCUGCGCUCGCAUUCCGGCGUGUAAUCGGUCGCGCGACGUGCGACAAGCUGGCGGAGGUAUUGUCUUCGGUGUUUGACGAGUACAACAUCCAGGGCAAAGUAACCUCUGUUGUUACAGACAAUGGGUCGAACUUCGUAAAGGCAUUCAGGGUUUUCGGCGAAAAUGAGACCAACGAAACACACGACGAAUGUGAGGCGCGACCAUCAGAACUCACAGACAUUCUCGACGCAUCUGACGAAUUCGACUGUGUACUACCUCCGCACGUUAGGUGUGCAGCGCACACAUUGAACUUGGUGGCGACUGUAGAUGCCGCUGCUGCUGAGCUUGACGCCCAGUACUCUCGAAUCGCGAAAUCCGUGUUUAGAAAAUGUGCAGCGCUGUGGAGCAAGCAGGGGCAAUCGAACGUCGCAGCUGGCUUAGUCAAGAGUCAUUGUGGUGUCUAUCUCCAACGACCGAACACAACAAGAUGGAACUCCCUUCACGACGCCAUGGAACAUCUCCUCAAGCUGCACGAGGAAGGGAAGGACCUGGACCGGCUUCUCUGCAACCUGAAACUGCAGGUAUUCAAUCGGCCAACAGAGUACAAGUUUAUGGAAGAAUACUGCAAUGUCAUAAAGCCACUCUCCUGUGCGCUGGACGUCCUUCAGCGACAGGAGCACAUGUUCAUUGGUUAUCUGCUUCCUACCCUGGCCAUCCUUGAAAAACGAAUAAAGUACGAGGCCAUGAAAGGACUUGCAUAUUGCGGUUCCCUCGCAAAUUCGGUUCUCACCGGCAUUGAGAAGAGGUUUGGACACUUGAAAGGAAAGAGAGAUCUAGUGAUCUCUAGUUGCUUAAUUCCAAGGUUCAAGCUCUCGUGGAUUGAAGAUGGUUCUAUGCGUGACCAAGCGUCCAACUACCUCAAGACAGAGCUAGCUUCGGUGACCUCAGGUGCCAUGGCAGAUGUUGCCGUCUCCUCAACACCAGAAGAUUUUUUCUCGUUCGGGCAACAGACCCUUCAGCCCGAAGCACAAGACGAACUGUCGCGGUACCUGCUGGUGCCAGUCGACCACCCGCUGUCGCAGAUGAAAAGCUUCGAGGGAUUGCACCGCCUUUUCCUCAAGUACAACACGGCAGUGCCUUCAAGUGCUUCGGUGGAAAGGUUGUUUAGUGUUGCCAACGAAGUGCUGACAAACAAGCGGGCUCGUCUUGCGGACAGCAACAUCCAAAAGCAACUCUUAUUAAGUUCCAACAAGGAACUUUGUUAGAUUGAAACGUAGAAGGUUCUAAAACGCUCGUGCAACGUGGGGUAACCCUCUAACAAAGAAUUAUAAAAUUGACCCCGCUACUAUUUCCCGGCUGAUAGUACAUUUGGCUCGUCUGAAUCGCCUACCAGAAACAUGAAUAUGGCAAAACGCUGGAAUUUUUAAAGAUGAAUAAAU